GAGAAGGACCAUGGCUUCUGCAGCAGCUGAGACAGAGAAAGGAUCCCCAGUCGUAGUGGGACUGCUGGUUGUGGGCAACAUCAUUAUUUUGCUGUCAGGCUUGGCCCUGUUUGCGGAGACAGUGUGGGUGACUGCUGACCAGUAUCGCGUGUACCCGCUGAUGGGCGUCUCGGGUAAGGACGACGUCUUCGCUGGCGCCUGGAUCGCCAUCUUUUGCGGCUUCUCCUUCUUCGUGGUGGCCAGCUUUGGCGUGGGUGCUGCACUCUGCCGCCGCAGGUCCAUGCUCCUCGUGUACCUGGUGCUCAUGCUUAUUGUCUACAUCUUUGAGUGCGCUUCCUGUAUCACGUCCUAUACCCACCGAGACUACAUGGUGUCCAACCCAUCCCUGAUCACCAAGCAGAUGUUGACCUUCUACAGCGCAAACACGGACCAAGGCCAGGAGUUGACCCGUCUCUGGGAUCGUGUCAUGAUGGAGCAAGAGUGCUGUGGCACCUCCGGGCCCAUGGAUUGGGUGAACUUUACAUCAGCCUUCCGGAAGGCCACUCCGGAGGUGGUGUUUCCCUGGCCCCCAUUGUGCUGCCGCAGGACUGGCAACUUCAUCCCCCUUAACGAGGAAGGCUGCCGGGUAGGCCACUUGGACUACCUGUACACCAAGGGCUGCUUCGAACACAUUGGCCAUGCCAUCGACAGCUACACGUGGGGCAUCUCAUGGUUUGGGUUCGCCAUCCUGAUGUGGACGCUCCCUGUGAUGCUGACAGCCAUGUAUUUCUACACCACGAUCUGA